CAUUUCCUUUUACAGUAUAGAAACGACUUACUUUUUGAAUAACGGCGCGGAGAGAGUUGCAAACAGGAGAUAAUGAUUAGCAGAUUACUGCAGUUGUAGGACGACAAAGGCUCGUGCGUCUUAAGGACAAUGCUGCUCUCCGAUUGGCUAAAAGCUUAGGGCACAAAGUCCCUCAGGUAACACAGAGCCGGCGGCUCACUAACCCGCGUCUUCACUUGGACAAUAAGCACAAGAUGGAUAACUAAAGACUAAUGAACGGUGAUUCAAACAGAGUGAAACACAACAAUCUGUGCCACCAACCUUGGAUACACUAGGGCACUAAGAUGCCAAAAAGCGAUACCUGGCCAGGUGGCACUGGAUUAGAGACGAUGACUGGCAUGGACAGUGCUGGCAGCUGUGACAGUGUUGUCAGCGCCAAUUCUGCCUUUAGUGAUGAUAGUCUGGAGCACCUGUCUGCUGAAGAGAAGGCCUGUCUCAUGUUUUUGGAGGAGACUAUUGAGUCUUUGGAUACUGAGGAAGAUAGUGGACUGUCCAAUGACGAACCUGACCAACUGCCCAGCCCUGGCAACCUUGCUACCAAACGGGCUAACCUGUCAGCCUCCAUGAGCAAAAGCAAGCUCAACAGUUCACAGAAACAUGCCUCUGCGGAACACAAGAAGGAAAAUGUUGACACCAAACUCAUGCUGAGCUACCUGGUUCCUACACCUUUUGUUCUGGCGAGCAGUGCUCCAUGUUCUGUACCCAGUGCUAAGUUGAGUGUCCCUCCAGACAAAAACAUCAGCUCUAAGCCUCACUUCACUGCUUCAAGCAACAAACCCGAUCACAAACACAACCAAGUACCUUUAAAGGUUAAUGUUGUGAUACCUCCUCCCACCAAACCCAGGGACUACUCAGUUAGGACAGCUGAAGGUUUACCCAGAGGUCCUCUGUCCUAUGAGGCACUUGUUCAUCUGCGAAGAAGUGCGUCCACUAAGAAAACGCCUCUAUGUCCCACAAUUGAUCAUACAAUAGAGUUGGACAAGCACCUUCCUGUCACAGUGGAAGACCCAAAACUCGGAAAUCUGCCAAGAUUUGACAGAUCCCACUCAGAGGCUUUUAAGUCUAAGACAGGUCCUCCGGUUGUGGCCCCCAAACCAAAAAAGAUUCCUGCCAACAUAUCUGUGAAAACACAAAAUGAAGCAUCCACAACAGCAGACUCUUUACACAAUGUGAAGAAUGCAACAGAUCCCCAGGUCGUGAGACUGGAAGCUUUGCAGAAGCUGGGUCUCCUCAAAGACCAACCGCCAGAUGUUGAGACAGUAGCCCUGCUGUCUCCCCCUAAGUCUCACUCCUCUCUGGACCACACACACAACAGAUCUACAAUAGGUCCAUCUAAUGUUAAUCCAUCAAGAAGUCCAUCGUUUUGUCAUUCUAAAGUGCCCACAGAGCCCAAAAACAAGCCUCUGCAGAACAGUGCCAGUUUCCAUCACUACUCCAGACGUGACCAACAGCAUGUGUCUGUACCACAUCCGUCUCAAUCCAGUGGACUGAAGGCACCUGGUCUGGAGCGCUCUGCUACACUGGACAACCACAGAAACGGUGGAAACUGUCAGCCUGUACCCCGCAAACCCGCAAACUCAGUGGGAUACACGGUGAUGGUGGUGCCUGGGAUGGGAGCCGAUCGAAAAGAAGCACUCCGAAAGCUUGGACUGCUCAAAGACUAAAACAGGUAAACAGCAGUCUGCCUGCCAGAGUACCAUCCUCUUAAAGAGAGUUAAAGCAUUAAGUGGGAACUUGGCACCUUGGCAAACUAAAGCAGAAGAGGAUGAAGAGAGGAGGACAAAUUUAAAGGGCCAGACCAGCACUUUUAAUAUAGGUUUUAAUACAGGGGACUGGACUUACUCCGAUUCUCCACUGGGCACGGUGUGCUGCGUUAAGGUUUUGUUCUGUUCACGCCAUGCGCCAUACCACACCG